AUGUCGUCCAAAUCCACCGCGACCAAAAAACCCACGAGCACAUCAACGCUCCCCCCUCUACACAGCUUCCCAUCAACAUGGACGGCACCAGAGUCAUGCUUCGCAAGCACCAACUACUACCGAGUACUCUACGCCGACGGCGGUGGCAGGUUCGUGAGCAACAUGUACGGCACGCCGACGCCCGUCUUCACCGGAAACACACCCUCGGGCGACUGCUUCCCUCCUUCCUUUACCAUCAACGUGCCAUACCUCACGGAUGGGAGCGCCUGUCCCGCCGGCUACACCCGCGCCUGUGCGACAGCAGGAUCUGCAAAGGCAGGCGAGUCAGCGGCUGUUAGCACCUUCACGUGUUGUCCCAGUAUCAGUGUUACUGGUAAUGCAUUCUCCUUCAUGUGCAAGGAUAACCAAUACGGUUGCCACGCUACUGCGGCCUCGGGCGGCAUCGUUUGGACGGGAGUCAUCACAGACCUAGGCGUCACACCGGCCACGGAGUCACCAGUGACACGCACACCAUCGACGAAUGAGGGUAUUGAAGCUUGGGGGAUCAAGUUUCUCUCGGUUGCACCGGGGUCAACCGCCACGAGUAUUCCCACUCCGAGUCAGAAUGCGAGCGACACGGAAAACCAGGGGACACAAUCUGCAGACAGUUCAGCGAGCCACGGGAGUCUAUCAGGCGGCGCAAUCGCCGGUAUUGUUGUUGGAAGCAUUGCUGGUGUUGCGCUCCUCGCCGUCGGCGCGUUCCUGCUGUACCGCAGAAAGAAGUCUCCCGGGCCGCAAUAUUAUUCUCCCGCUCCUGGUAAAUACCCCAACCAACCCGGAAAUGAUCCCAUAUACCAGCCGAGUUCUCCCUCACCCGGACCCGGCCAGAUGGGCUCAAGCUACCAACCCAGCGAGAUGGAAGCGACGUCGCACACGCAGACACGCCCUCAGCAAGCGCCCGUUGAACUGAGUGCAUAA